CAUGACAGGUAGGGUGAAAUGUCACUGCUCCAUUUUUCAUCCACACCAUUCUGUUUUGUGAAGCAAAUAAGACGCAAGUUACGCAAGUAGCUUACUUUUGCUGCUCCGAGUUCCAGACUAGAACCACCAUCAACCAUGAGCUAUAAGAAUAUUGCCCGAUUGGUGUUGCAGAACAAUCGCCAGUUCUCCCGCACCGCAACGGCCUCGUCCGGUGAGGUUGCUGAGGGCUACAAGCAGCUAAAACACAUCCAGGAGAAGUUCCAGAAACCAGAUGGAAAGCCCGUCUUCCUGAAGGGUGGGCCGAUGGAUAAUGCGCUGUUUGCGGUGACGAUGGCUCUCAGCUUGGUUGGUCUGGCCGGUAUCGGCAAGCUGUUCUACGAGCUGAGCUACCCGAAGAAGGACGAUUAGAGCGGAUGAGCGGAUAACCCUUAAAUAAGCGAGCAGAAUUGCCAUGCUUAGAAAUGAUACAGGUAAUCCAUGGCCUGUGAGUCGCCGAUCGGAGAAACAACAUCCUUUCCCACUCCCGAGCUAGCACCUUCUAGCAUGCAGCCAGCUGUAGUUCAAAACAAUUAUCAAAAUGAAUAUUUAUCUGCCGAACAAAAUGGUUAGGAGUAGUUUGUGAUUUUGUGCUGCGUAGUGUAGGUCCAUAAUCUUUUACCCCAGGGCCCUGAACUAACAUCCUUGUGUCGAAUGUGUGAUUAACCUCUACAUAUAUAUGUCUCUAUGUUUCAAUCAACACGGGAUGCAAAAACAGAAACGAACCGCAUGAUUCCAUUACGUACGACGGUACACAUUUACUCUUGCAUUUAUCAGCAAAUAAAUAUGUGUUUUGAUCAAUACUAA